UCCUUGGAAACCAAGUUACCAACGUUUAAACCAAUCCCCUGGCGCAACUCUGCCUCCCCCACACUCCACCCGCCGCGCCGCGCAGUCCUCUAGCCCUGCUCGUCACUCGAGCUCCCCUCGCCUCCUGCGCUUCCCCCGCGGCGGCGAUGCCAGGGCCUUCGCCAGGGCUGCGCCGGGCGCUACUCGGCCUCUGGGCUGCCCUGGGCCUGAAGAUCCUCGGCCUCGCAGCGGUCGCGCAGGAGCCCUUCUGGGCGGACCUGCAGCCCCGUGUGGCGCUCGUGGAGCGCGGGGGCUCUCUGUGGCUGAAUUGCAGCACCAACUGCCCUCGGCCAGAGCGCGGUGGCCUGGAGACCUCGCUGCGCCGCAACGGGACGCAGAGGGGCUUGCGCUGGCUGGCGCGGCAGCUAGUGGACAUCCGCGAGCCAGAGACCCAGCCCGUGUGCUUCUUCCGCUGCGCGCGGCGCACGCUGCAGGCGCGCGGGCUCAUCCGCACUUUCCAGAGGCCGGAUCGCGUGGAGCUGGGGCCACUGCCUUCCUGGCAGCCGGUGGGCGAAAACUUCACCCUGAGCUGUAGGGUCCCGGGAGCCGGACCCCGCGGGAGCCUCACGCUGACCCUACUGCGGGGCGCCCAAGAGCUGAUUCGCCGAAGCUUUACGGGGGAGCCGCCCCGAGCGCGGGGCGCGGUGCUCACCGCCACGGUCCUGGCGCGCAGGGAGGACCAUGGAGCUAAUUUCUCCUGCCGCGCGGAGCUGGACCUGCGGCCGCACGGCCUGGGGCUGUUUGAAAACACCUCGGAGCCCAUACAGCUCCGAACCUUCACCCUGUCUCCAGACCCCCCGCGCCUCCUUGGUCCCAGGCUCUUAGAAGUGGGCUCAGAAAGUCCAGUGAGCUGCAUCUUGGGCAAACUCUUUCCCGCCCCAGAGGCUGAGGUUUACCUCGCGCUGGGAGAUCAGAGGCUGAAUCCUGAUGUCACUCUCGAGGGGGACACCCUCACGGCCACUACCACAGCCACCAGUAGCGCAGAGCAGGAGGGUGCCAGGCAGCUGGUCUGCAACGUGACCCUAGGGGGCGAAAGCCGCGAGGUCCAGGAAAACGUUACAGUCUACAGUUUCCCCGCGCCGCUCCUGACCCUGAGCAAGCCCAGCGCGCCUGAGGGGCAGAUGGUGACAGUAACUUGCACAGCUGGGACUCAAGCUCUGGUCACCCUGGAGGGAAUUCCAGCUGCAGCUCCGGGACAACCUGUCCAGCUCCAGCUCAAUGCGACCGAGAACGACGACGGGCGCGACUUCGUCUGCUAUGCCACCCUCGAGGUGGAUGGGGAGACGCUUAGCAAGAACGACAGCACUGAGCUGCGCGUGCUCUACGCCCCCCGGCUAGACGACUCUGAUUGUCCCAGGAGUUGGACGUGGCCCGAGGGCCCGGAGCAGACGCUGCGCUGCGACGCCCGCGGGAACCCGGAGCCCUCGGUGCACUGCGCACGGCCGGACAGCGGGGCGGUGCUGGCGCUGGGCCGGCCGGGCCCAGUGACACGCGCGCUGGCGGGCACCUACCGCUGCAGGGCCGCCAGUACGCAGGGCACGGCCGUCAAGGACGUGACGCUGACCGUGGAGUAUGCGCCGGCGCUGGACAUUGUGGGGUGCCCGGAUCGCAUUACUUGGGUGGAGGGAACCGAGGCAUCGCUGAGCUGCGUGGCACAUGGGGUCCCUGCCCCCGACGUGAGCUGCAUGCGCUCUGGUGAGGCUGACGCAGUGGAGGGGCUGCUGCGUGUGGCCCGGGAGCACGCGGGCACCUACCACUGCGAGGCCACCAACACUCGAGGCUCUGUGGCCAAAACUGUAGCCAUCACCGUGGAGUAUGGCCCCAGUUUUGAGGAGCGGGGCUGCCCCAGCAACUGGACAUGGGUGGAAGGAUCCGGAUCUCUGUUCUCCUGUGAGGUGGAUGGGAAGCCACAGCCCAGCGUGGAGUGCGCAGGCUCCGAGGACGCCAACAAGGGGGUGGUGUUGCCGCUGGUCUUCUCCAAACCCAGCGCCCGAGGCCCCUCUCUCCCUAGUGACCUGCCACCCGGGGUCUACGUCUGCAACGCCACCAACCCCCACGGCUCUUCGGUCAAAACCGUGGUCGUGAGCGCGGAGUCACCGCCUCACAUGGACGAGACCACCUGCCCCAGUCACCAGACGUGGCUGGAAGGGGCUCGAGAUGCGGCGCUAGCCUGUGCCGCCCGGGGCCGCCCAUCCCCACGCGUGCGCUGCCUGCGUGAGGGUGCACCCCAACCCGAGCGGCCGAGAGUGUCCCGGGAGGACGCAGGGAUCUACCGCUGUGAGGCCACCAAUGCCCAUGGCAUGGACUCCCGGACCAUCACUGUGGGUGUGGAAUACCGGCCAGUGGUGGCUGAGCUGGCUGCCUCGCCCCCUAGCGUGAGGCCUGGCGGGAAUUUCACCCUGACCUGCCGCGCUGAGGCAUGGCCUCCAGCGCAGAUCAGCUGGCGCGCGCCCCCCGGGGCUUCCAACAUCGGCCUGUCCAGCAACAAUAGCACGCUGAGUGUGGCGGGAGCCCUGGGCAGCCACGGCGGCGAGUAUGAAUGCUCAGCCACCAACGCACAUGGACGUCAUGCACGGCGCAUCAUGGUGCGUGUGGCUGGUCCCUGGCUGUGGGUCGCCGUGGGCGGCGCGGCGGGGGGCGCGGCGCUGCUGGCCGCGGGAGCGGGCCUGGCCCUGUACGUGCGCUCCACUGCGUGCAAGAAGGGCGAGUACAACGUGCAGGAGGCCGAGAGCUCCGGUGAGGCCGUGUGUCUCAAUGGCGCGGGCGGCGCGGCCAGCGGCAACGAGGAGGCGGGGGACACAGCCGCUGAGUCCCCGGCAGGGGGUGAGGUCUUCGCCAUCCAGCUGACAUCUGCGUGAGCUGCUCCCCUCUCCCCGCGGGCCGGGGGUCGCCCCCACACGCCAAAGGGGGCUUAUUACUGUUCUAUUUAUUAUUUAUUUAUUUAUUUAUUUAUUCAACUGCAGGGGCAUCACCCCCGUUUUCUACCCAGCUCCCCCAAUAAAGUUUUUAUAAAGGA